ACUUGCCUUCUUGCUGUUUUGUUAAAUGUUAAUUUUCGACUUUUGAUAAAGCAGAAUAAUUUUCAAAUGAAAUGUACUCUUUGCAAUGAACAUGGUCUAUACACUUUCUCUGGUUUAGUAUUACUGGGUUAACUUCAGGUUACUGUGAGGAAUGUCCUUGUCAGCUACCGUACCGUAGUGACAACACGGCAAAGCACUUUGGUCCGACUCCGGCUGUGGUUGAGCUGCUAGCUUGGCUGUAAAGUAGCUCUCGAGUUUGUAGUAGAUGCGGGCAGUCAAGUUCUGACAAAUAAAUUGACGAUUUGGAAUUUGAACACCUGUAGAGGAAGAUGAGGCUGAAAGAGAUCCAGAGGACUGCCCACCAGGCGUGGAGUCCUGCCGGGCACCAUCCUAUAUACUUGGCCUUGGGAACAGCAGCACAACAGCUUGAUGCUUCUUUCAACACCACAGCUGCUAUAGAGAUAUUUGAGAUGGAUUUUUCUGACCCCUCUCUGGACAUGCAGCUCAAAGGGUCGUUGGCAACUACAAACAGGUUGCAUAGUAUAGUGUGGGUAAAUUUUGGAAGUGGAGAAGAUGGUACUGGAGGAAGGCUGGUUGGUGGUAGUGAAAAUGGAACACUGACUGUCUAUGAUCCAGAGGCAAUAAUGAACUCCAGUGGGGAGGCUGUAGUGGGACAAUCUGACAAACAUACAGGACCUGUCCGAGCAUUAGAUUUCAACCAUUUUCAGAGUAACCUCCUUGCGUCAGGAGCAAAUGAUUCAGAGAUAUACAUCUGGGAUCUAAACAACUUCAGCAGUCCUAUGACUCCAGGAGCAAAGACACAGCCUGCUGAAGAUAUCAGUGUAGUCUCAUGGAACCGGCAGGUUCAGCACAUCCUGGCCUCUGCUAACCCCAGCGGGAAAGCAGUCGUCUGGGACCUGAGAAAGAACGAGCCCAUCAUCAAGAUCAGUGAUCAUAGCAACAGGAUGCACUGUUCAGGAAUGCUCUGGCACCCUGAUGUGGCCACUCAGUUGGUCUUGGCCUCUGAAGAUGACCGACUGCCAGUGAUCCAGAUGUGGGACCUCCGCUUUGCCACAUCACCUCUUAAAGUACUGGAGAACCAUACAAGGGGAAUUUUGUCUAUAUCCUGGAGCCAGGCUGACUCUGAGCUCCUGCUUAGUAGUGCUAAAGACAAUCGGAUCCUUUGCUGGAAUCCAAACACAGGAGAGGUAAUCUAUGAGCUUCCAACAACUAACCAGUGGUGCUUUGAUGUGGAGUGGUGCCCCAGGAAUCCAGCGCUGCUUUCAACGGCAUCAUUUGAUGGGAGAAUCACUGUUUACUCUGUGAUGGGAGGGAGCUUGAAGGCUCAGCAGCAGAGCACAGCUGAAAGAAUAUCCUCCUCAUUUGACACAAUGGAUCCCUUUGGUACGGGGCAGGUGCUGCCUCCUUUGCAAGUUCCUCAGCCUCAAGUGCAGGACACCAUAGUUCCUCCUCUCAAGAAGCCACCCAAGUGGGUGCGCAGGCCAGUGGGAGCUUCCUUUGCUUUUGGUGGAAAGCUGAUCACAUUUGAGAAUCCCAAGCUGCCUCCAGUCCAGAGCCCCCAACCCGUCCCUAGACAAGUGUUUGUGAGCCAAGUAACCACAGAGACAGAGUUCCUACAGCGCUCUAGGGAGCUGCAGACAGCGCUGCAGUCAGGUUCCUUCAACAGUUACUGCCAGGCUAAGAUUCAGAGCGCCAAGUCAGAUGCUGAACAGGACAUAUGGAAGUUCCUUCUGGUUAAUUUUGAGGAUGAAGCCCGUAUUAAAUUCCUUAAACUUUUGGGGUUUAGCAAGGAUGAAUUGGAAAGAAAGAUUUCAAAAUGUCUGGGGAAGAAUUUCCAACCCAAUGGACAUGGAGUGGAUGCCAAAGAUCUGGCAGAAAAGAUGCAGCGACUCUCCACUGAGAGGUCUGAUGAAGCAGCUGAAGCUAGAACUUCAGGUUCUGUGUCACCAGCAGAUUUUUUCAGCCAGACCCCAAAGGAAAACUCUAACUUUCAGAUCCCAGUGUCAUGUGACACCGAUGGUUUGAUAAGUCAGGCGCUAUUGGUUGGUAACUUUGAGGGAGCUGUGGAUCUGUGUCUGAAUGAUGGUCGCUUCGCUGAAGCAAUCCUGCUUUCUAUAAGCGGAGGAGAAGAACUGCUGAAGAAAACUCAACAGAAAUACCUAAGCAAACAAAAGAAUAGCAUCUCAAUGCUUAUAUCAUCAGUGGUGACCCAAAACUGGAAAGACAUAGUCCAAAGCUGUGAGCUGGACAACUGGAAGGAAGCUCUCGCUGCUCUCCUGACCUAUGCUCACCCUGAAGACUUUGCUCGCCUGUGCGAUACACUGGGAAGCCGGUUGGAGUGUGAGGGUACAGAGAAGCGUUGCCUGCAGGCAUGUCUGUGUUACAUCUGCUCUGGAAACAUUGAGAAGCUAGUGGAAUGCUGGGCCUUGCAUAGAGACUGCUCUUCUCCUCUUGGUCUAGAGGAUUUGGUUGAGAAAGUCAUGAUGCUGCGAAAGUCCAUUGAACGUCUCCGUAACUGUGAGGUGGCGGUCCAAAGCCCAGUCCUGGCUGAGAAGCUAACCUGUUAUGCUGGCAUACUGGCUGCAGAGGGUAGCUUGACCACUGCCCUGAGCUACCUGCCUGAGAACUCAGACCAAGCUGGGAUCGUGAUGCUAAGAAACAGGCUGUUUCACGCUCAGGGAGAGGCUCCUGUCCAACAGCAACCUCCAAACACCUUCAACAGAGUCAGUGUGUCCACUGCAAAGCCCACUCCUGCUGCUCCAACUCCUGCAUCAAAAGCACAGUUUACGAGUCACUACCAGCCCUCUCCUGCUGCUCAGAUGACUGCACAACAGCAGCCUCCUUUGCCAUCGGUUUUUACCCCUCAAACUCCUCCAACCAACCCUGGGCCUGGUCUACCACCUUCUUCUCAUGUACUGCCACCCAGUACGACCCGCCCUGCCCUGAGACCCUCCUACCCCCAACAUCCUGCUGUGGCUUCAGGUUUUCUUCCUCACCAGCCAUUCCAGCCUCAGUCACCGUCCACUGCUGGACCUCCAGCGUUUCCACCUCCAGGUCCUUCUAUGCCAGCUGCUACCUUAUCAGGGCCUCAACUGCCACCUUCAUCGUCAGCUGCUGGAGGCCUACCCCCCAUGCCCAGCCCCGGGGUGCCACCAACAAGCUUCAUGCCACCUACCUCCUCAGGCUUUGCACCACCUGGCUCCCAGCCUGGAGCCCCGGUUCCAGUGUACCCAGGAAGCCUUCACAACCAGGGUACUGCACCUCCGUCUGUUCCCUAUGCUCCUCCCGGAUCUGGAUAUCCACAGGGUGGACCUGGAGCUCCUGCUGCAAAGCCCUUCCCAGCUCCAGUGGUGGCUCCUCCUCCUACUGGAUACUUUCCCUGGCUGAAUUCCCAGUGUGACAACCAAGGACCUCAAGAAGGCUGGAAUGACCCACCUACAGUGCGAGGUGGCCCCAGGAAGAAGAAGGUUCCUGAUAACUAUACUCCACCAGCCCCCAUCACAGCACCUGUGAUGAGAUUCCCAGUGGAGGCUGCUCAGCCCCUUGACAACACCCAGGUACCCCCUGGAGCCCCUCAAGAGCCCAGCGUACAGCUCCUCCAGCAGCUGCCAUCAGAGAAGGUGCAGCAGAAAGAAAUCCCUCCUGAGCACAUGGUUCUCAAGUCCACCUUUGACAGCCUGGUGCAGCGCUGCCAGCUAGCUGCAGGAGACCCACAAACUAAAAGAAAACUUGAUGAUGCUGCCAAGCGCUUGGGGCACCUGUAUGAUAAGCUGAGAGAGCAGUCGCUCUCUCACAACAUCCUGAGCGGACUCCAUGAGAUCAGUCGCUGUGUGGCCAGCCAGAACUACCAGCGGGGUUUGGAGGUCCACACUCAGGUGGUCAGCAGCAGCAACUUCAGCGAGAUCUCCGCCUUCAUGCCGAUCCUCAAAGUGGUCAUGACUAUCGCCAACAAGCUGGGCGUGUAACCUCCUGGUUCACCACCAACCAGACUUCAGUGUUACCAUAUUGUUGUAUAUGUAUUUAUUUCUUUUUGGCCUGAUGACUUGCGUCAAUAAUGAGAAUAAUGGCUGAUAAUAUUACAGAUCGUGGUCUUCAUCACUCCGUACAGUUUCCUUGCCAGAAGACUUGCCUGAUUUGGGCAGUGGGGUUGGUUUUUGUAGAGAGUUGUCGAUGUUGCUGUGAUAAUUUUACAAAACAAAACAAGAAAGAGAAAAAAAAGUUGAAUGUAUUCCAAAAUUUGUGAUUCUGUGUACAUUCAAAAGUUUAUGUAAUAUACAAAGCAAGUGGUGCAAAGUCUGAAUUGAGGUAGUUUACAAAGUGGUGCAUUUUCAUAUUCCAUAUUACACUGCACACCAGUGCAUAUAUAAGUCCAGUUCAGCAUUAGAAACAAACAUCUUUGACUAUGAACUCUCAUCUCCAAAGGUGAGACUAAAAAUCAUGAAAAUAAAAUCUGGGUUGCACUUACUAUCCACCCUGUCGGUGUUCUUUGUGUGAGGGAGGAACAGGCUGACACGCUUUACUCAGUGUGCAUAAUUUUACAACAACAACAACAAGCAUCAACACGUUUAAACACUGUAACAUAGAUCUUACUGUUCUCUACACUUGCUGUAAUUGAUUGUUUCCAGUUCAUUGUGCCAUGUGUGUUUUUGGGCCAAAGUACUGCAGAAGAAUGUCAUAGAGUGAUUGUCAAGUUUUGCUGUUUUAUUUCCUCUUCCACACUUUAUUAGCACUGGUACAAUAUUUCCUGAUAGCUUGUGUGAACGACUGAAGUUUUUUUGUUUUGUGUUUUUUUUUUUCCUCAGACUUGCUUCAGUAUGCAUGUUAACUACUUCCCCUAUUGCUCACGGGGCAGCUUGUAAAACAAAAGUACACAAUUUUAUGUUAAACUGAACAUGAACUAACAUCCCCUCUGUGUUAGCCACUCCUUCUGUUAAAGAUACACUAUUCCUCUUUAUCCAGGCCACAUCUUAUCCUUUCAUAACCUAAAGUUCCCAUUUUUAAAUCAUACAAGUUUUAGAUUAGAUCAUAAUAAUGAUAUGACUUAAAGGAUUUGACAAAACAAAGAUCUUAAGAGUUGUGUAGAGUAAGAGUUUGGUGUGUUGUGGCAGCAGAAGGCAGUGAAGUGCCUCAGUGUGCCCAUUGUGGUUGCACAGAUAUUUAUACAAUCCAUGUUGCUUACUUUAUUCAUUUCGGUAUCCUUUUUGCAAAUAAAAUUUCACUUAAAAGGUU